AAAUAUUGGACACCAAACACCCAAACGGCCAACCCUAGUAUAUUUAUUCUCUCCCAGGACUUCGUCUUUCUCACAGAUCAGAGUGUUUGCUUCCCAAAGAUCCGAUAAAAGGAGGAUGUCUGCUGCUCAAGAAGAUGACAAGAAGCCUGGAGACGAAGGAGAAGCUCAAAUCAUUCUCAAAGUCAAAGCUCAGGAUAGAUUUGAAGCAUCCUUUAGGAUGAAGAGAAGCGCUCAGCUGAUUAAGCUGAUGAACGCUUCCUGCGAGCGCUUUUGUGUGGAUUUCAACUCAUUCGUUUUCUUUUUUGAUGGUUGUCGUCUCCUUGCUGGACAGACUCCAGAUGAUCUUGAUAUGAAAGAUGGAGAUGAGAUCGAGGCAGUGCUCAAUCUCAGAGGUGGACCCUAAUGGCUUGAAUCUGUUCUGGUUUUAGUGGCCUUUUAAGAAUAGUUUGCAAUAAGACGGUGUAAUAUUAUUAUUAUUGGAUCCUAUAAUAUUUAUUCAUGGGCUUUAUUUGUUUAGAGAAGUGGCGGUAGCUUAAACCAAACGUUACGUUUGGUAGUUGGUCAAAACUUGCGCCCCAAGUUAGCUUGCUGCGCAAGUUUCUCUCGUUUGGCUUUAUAAACAACUUCCUUGUCAUUUUACAAGCUUUGACCGUUUCAUCUCUACUUAAUAAAAAUUUCAUAAUAAUGGCUGUAUCA